CAUUUUUUUUUUUUUUUGGCUGUUACGGCAAACCAAAAUAUUUUUAAGGAUGGCCUUAGCCACGACCAGUUGUAGCAAUAAAAUACAUGUUCUUAUAGGUAUUCAAGAUUAUUUUAUUAAUCAUCUGGCAUGCGAUGAGCCAUCUCGGUUAUGUGUUUCAUCCACUUUUGACGCACAUCUUGGUCCUCCGCUCGACCAGGAACUCUGUGAAAUCCGUAUGGCCGUAAACAUGGGCAGUCAAUGUGCAACAAAGCUUCGUGGAUUACACAAACGGUUUUAUUCCAGGCCUGUAGUUUUGUGCUGUUGUUAAAACAACCAACCACACAACACGCUCUGCCCGGCAUCACUGGACAGCAUAGGUACUAAAAAACUAUAUAGCUAACAUCUGCUACAGCCUACGGGACCAACACGCUACUUCUGCUACUUCCUUAGCAGCAAGGCACGCAGUAAUGGCGGCGCUGCUUUACUUCCGUGUUUCGCCGGAUUUGUCUAUACAAAGCAGUUGGAGAGCACCAAACAAGACAAUGUGAUUGAGAAGAAAAUGAAGGGUCAGCUGGAGUGGCAUUCAACAAAACAUAGAGGCCUUGAAGUCAUUCUUGACAAGGAGGAAGAUGCUCUGUUCAGGACAAGCCCAGCUUUGAAAGGCCUUGAAGUCAUUCUUGACAAGGAGGAAGAUGCUCUGUUCAGGAGAAGCCCAGCUUUGAAAGUGUUUGAGACUCCUACCACCUCUGAGACUCGCACUGCCUCUCUGAAUGGCACUGCAUCUGAGACUGACACCGUCUCUCAGACUGCCUCUGAGACUGACUUGGUGUCUCAGACUGCUAGUCAAACCAAACAAGAAAAAAUGAUCAGGAAUCCAACGAAGGCAGAACUGGAGUGGCAUUCAACAAAAUAUAGAGUGUUUGAGACUCGCUCCACCUCUGAGACUCCCACUGUCUCUCUGAAUGGCAGGGCAUCUGAGUUUGCCACUGCCUCUGAAACUGCCACUGACUCUAAGACCAACAUUGCCUCUGAAACUGCCACUGCCUCUGUGAUUGACACGGCGUCUCAGACUGCUACUGCCUCUGAGGCUGCCUCUGAAACUGCCUCUGAGAUUGACACAGCAUCUGAAACCAGCAUUGCCUCUGAAAUUGACACAGCCUCUCAGACUGCCACUGCAUCUGAGAUCGCCACUGCCUCUGUGAUUGACACGGUGUCUCAGACUGCUACUGCCUCUGAGGCUGCCUCUGAAACUGCCUCUGAGAUUGACACAGCAUCUGAAACCAGCAUUGCCUCUGAAAUUGACACAGCCUCUCAGACUGCCACUGCAUCUGAGAUCGCCACUGCCUCUGUGAUUGACACGGUGUCUCAGACUGCUACUGCCUCUGAGGCUGCCUCUGAAACUGCCUCUGAGACAGACACAGCAUCUGAGACCAACACUGCCUCUGAAACUGCCUCUGAGACGGACACAGCAUCUGAGAUCAACACUGCCUCUGAAAUUGGCACUGCCUCUAAAAUGACACUGCCUCUGAAACUGACUCUGUCACAGAGACUCACCCUGCCUCAGAGACUCGCACUGCCUCUCAGACUGACAUUGUCUAUCAGACUGAGAUUGUCUCAGAGUCUGACACUGCCUCUGAGACUGACGAUGCUUCUCAGACUGACACCGUCUCAGAGACUCACACUGUUUCAGAGACUGACACUCUCUCUUAGACUGAGACUGUCUCUCAGACUCACACUGCCUUGGAGACAACACCACCUUUCAAAAUGCAUUUUAACUUCCAUUGCAUUUGAGAAUGACACUGCAUCAGAGAUUGUCACUGCAUUGGAGACUGUAACUGCAUCAGAGACUGACACCACAUCAGAGAUUGUCACUGCAUUGGAGACUGUCACUGCAUCAGAGACUGACACCACAUCAGAGAUUGUCACUGCAUUAGAGACUGUCACUGUCUCUCAGACUGCCACUACCUCUCAAUUACCACUGGAUUUGAUGCAGCUGUUGCUUCUCAGACAUCCACUGUCUCUGAGACUGUCACUCCCUGAAGACCUGAACCCCUUUUAACAUCUGUGUAACAUAGUUCGUAGAUCAGGGAAGAAGGAGAUGGGAACCGGUGAAUGUUCAACAAUUCUUUAAUAAAUAAACAAACACAAAACA